AGUUCCUCCGUCCAUAGACAAUAAAUAGCCUUUCUCAAGUUUGUGUGUGAACAUGGCGGUCGGUAAAAAUAAAGGCCUAUCGAAAGGCGGUAAAAAGGGUGUUAAAAAGAAGAUUGUGGAUCCCUUCACCCGUAAGGACUGGUACGAUGUCAAGGCACCGUCUAUGUUCACCAAGAGGCAAGUGGGAACCACCCUUGUCAACCGUACUCAGGGUACGAAAAUUGCUUCUGAAGGACUGAAGGGGCGUGUUUUCGAAGUAUCACUGGCUGAUCUUCAAGCUGACACUGAUGCCGAAAGGUCCUUCCGCAAGUUCCGUUUGAUCGCUGAAGACGUCCAGGGGCGCAAUGUGCUCUGCAACUUCCACGGCAUGGACCUCACCACUGACAAGCUCAGGUGGAUGGUGAAGAAAUGGCAGACCCUGGUAGAAGCCAACAUCGAUGUGAAAACCACGGACGGAUACCUCCUUCGUGUGUUCUGCAUCGGAUUCACCAACAAGGAUUCUCUCAGCCAGCGCAAGACUUGCUAUGCUCAGCAUACUCAAGUCCGCGCCAUCAGAAAGAAGAUGUGUGAAAUCAUCACCCGUGAUGUGACCAACUCUGAACUCCGUGAAGUGGUGAACAAAUUGAUCCCAGACUCCAUCGCCAAGGAUAUUGAGAAGGCGUGUCACGGCAUCUACCCGCUUAGAGACGUGUGCAUUAGGAAGGUAAAGGUACUGAAGAGACCACGUUUCGAGAUUUCCAAGCUUAUGGAACUUCACGGAGAGGGUGGUGGCGGCAAACGGGGGGAGGUUGGCGAUAAGUCCGAAAGACCAGAGGGCUAUGAACCUCCCGUUCAAGCUAGUGUCUAAAGUUAAUAUAACAUCUUA